CGUAACCGUUAGCCGGUGGUGCCGGUGGUGCUGAUGGUGGUGCUGAUGAUGGUGGAGAUAAAAUGAGAGCGUAAGAAACCGGCGGAAAUAUUUUCCAUGUCCCUCUCCAGCCCCGGCGUUGUUUGGCGUCUCACUGACACAGAUGCAGGCUUUGCAAUCUUUGCCCGAACUACAUGUGAUUUAUGUUGAGUAACGGGGUGAAGCGGAAACUGGAUGAGGACGGGGAUGUAACGGAGGAGUUGGGCGGCGGGUUCCGGGCAUCGCUGGCACUGCAGCGGCAGAUGGUGCUCAACAUGUCACUGGUGAAGCUGUGCGGGCCGCAGACUGGGGCCGGCCUCAACCUGCAGCGUCAGGUCCUCAUCAACAACGUCAUCCGUCACAUCCACGAGGACCUUAAACAGGAAGGAGGCAUCCGUGCCCUCUUCCUCACCAUGCCGCCCGGUGAGAUUGCUGCCCAUGCCCGCCAACUCGCAACUCCCCCUCCACCUCUUCCUCUGCCCUCCCUGGGUGUCCGCUCAUCAGCACCUGACUCAUGCCUUACCCCUGCUUCUGUUUUGGAAGAGGACCCACCAUUGUUCCUCACUUUGACGCCCUCCUCCUCUCCCCUCCCAGUGCAUCACUCCCUCCAGCCGACUCCUCCUUCCCCAUCACACAAAGACAGCUUCUCCUCGGCGCUGGAGGACAUCGAGGAGCUGGGUCCUCUAUCAUCCCCUCCUCACACUGCACGGGCACUGUUUGAAGACCCCAUCUUAAAGGAGGAACCACAGAGCGACAGGGAGGAGGAGAUCAGGGUAGAUAAGCCUCGGCCUCCCCCUUUCUCCAUCUCGCCUCCUCCUCUUCCUCCCACUUACAUCUCCUCCCAGGGAGGCUUCCUGACUGAUUUUGCUCUGGAUGACAUCCUCUUCACAGACAUCGAUACCUCCAUGUACGACUUUGGUCCCUGUCCGCCCUCUGCCACCGCCGCUGUCAGCUCAUCGGCAGCCAAGAUGGCACCCAUGGUGAUGUCAGAGGAGCUGGUGAGGAGCAUCUCAGUCGGUAGCUCUCAGAACCAGCCGUUUAAAAUGGACCUGGCCGAGCUGGACCAUAUCAUGGAGGUGUUAGUGGGCUCGUGAGCGAUGCGCUGAACCCCCAUCUCUUACUUUACAGCUGUCUGACCCUGAGGAGUUAAGCUGUGUGUUCACCUUUUUGAAAAACAUUGUAAGUACACAGUGAUACUGGCAAGGUACUUUGAUAAAUAUCAUGUAAUUUUGUCUUUACGAUGGUGUUACAGUGCAAUAUGAUUACAAAGUUUACCAACAAUUAUCAGUACUGGCAUUUUGAAGUGGAUUAUAAAUUAGUAAGCUUGUUUUUUUUUAGCAGAGUGGAAGCAUAGUAAUACUGUGUACUUCAAGUACUUUUCUAUUGGUUUAUCCACAAACUCAGACUGGUAAGGCUGGUGAAAAGCACAGCACCAGCAGAUUUCUACAGCAGUCCGGAAAUUGUAAGAAAUGUAAAGCAUCACCUGAGAUGUUCGUUACUGUCCAUCCACACAGUUCCCAGAUGAGAUAAAAUAUUGUAAUUUCUUUUUCUUUUUGUAAAAACUGACA